ACGUCAAAUACAGCCACAGAAGGUCGAUACGCGACGCACACACUGAAACUUCACAGUAACGAACGUCAGAAUUGUCAGUAACCGCGAGUUCCUCGUCGCGUAUAGACAAGCUUUUUAUUCUGCGCGGCGAUUACGAACACAAUCAACCGCGAUGCCGCGUGUUUACCAACCUACCGAUUAUGUUGUCGAAAAGUCGCUGUUGCCGUCUUUUGAAAAAUACAAAGAAAUGCAUAAACAGUCAUUAGAUGAUCCUGAAAAGUUUUGGUCUCAAAUAGCGAGCGAAUUCGAUUGGCAGACUCCGGCUCAGCCCGGCAAAUUCGUAUCGUACAAUUUCGACCUGAAUAAAGGGAACAUUUUUGUCAAAUGGAUGGAAGGGGCAGUCACUAAUAUUUGCUUCAAUCUAUUGGACCGCAAUGUGAGAAAUGGACACGGGGAGAAGAUAGCUUAUUACUGGGAAGGAAACCACCCGGACGACUACAGCCGCAUCACUUACAGGAAGCUGAUGGACUUGGUGUGCCAGUUCUCCAACGCGCUGAAGGAUAACGGCGUGGGCAAGGGAGACCGCGUGUCUCUCUACAUGCCCAUGAUUCUGGAGACGGUGGUGUGCAUGCUGGCGUGCGCGAGGAUCGGUGCUAUACAUUCCGUAGUGUUCGCAGGCUUUUCUUCGGAUUCGCUCGCGGAGAGGAUGGCAAGCUGCAAGGCCAAGGUGCUGGUGACGGCGGACGGCGGGUGGCGCGGCGAGAAGCUGCUCGUGCUCAAGAACACGUGCGACGAGGCCAUGCAGAAGGCCCAGGCCAAACACAACCACAAGGUCGACAAGUGCAUUGUCGUGUCGCACCUCAAGAGGGUCACGCCGUGUGGGAAACUGCCCGAUGAUAUUUCGUCUUUGUACAAAUGGACGGAAGACAGAGACGUAUGGUGGCAUGACAUAAUGGAGGGACAAUCCACCUUCUGCCCGCCCGAAUGGAUGGGUGCCGAGGAACCGCUGUUCAUGCUCUACACCAGCGGCUCUACCGGCAAGCCGAAAGGCGUCUUGCACACCACCGCCGGCUACCUGCUGUAUGCCGCCACCACCUUCCGCUACGUGUUCGACUACAGAGACAAGGACGUGUACUGGUGCACCGCCGACGUCGGCUGGAUCACGGGCCACACCUACGUCGUGUACGCGCCGCUGGCCAACGCGGCAACCUCUGUCCUUUUCGAAGGCACCCCGUUCUAUCCAGACAACGACCGCUACUGGGCCGUGGUGGAGAAGUGCAAGGUGUCGCAGUUCUACACCGCGCCCACCGCUAUCAGAACCCUCACUAAGUUCGGCGAGGAGCCCGUUAAAAGGCACGAUUUAAAGUCGCUGCGGGUGCUGGGCAGCGUGGGCGAGCCGAUCAACCCGGAGGCGUGGCUUUGGUACUACAACCUGGUGGGCAACGGGCGCUGCUCCAUAGCCGACACCUUCUGGCAGACCGAGACUGGCGGCCACGUCAUCACCAGCUUGCCGGGAGCCACGCCAAUGAAGCCUGGCGCUGCGGGCUUCCCGUUCUUCGGCGUGGAACCGACGCUUCUGGACGAAAGCGGCGCCUUGAUCGAGGGCCCCGGUGAGGGUUAUCUAGUGUUUUCGAGGCCCUGGCCCGGCAUCAUGCGCACGCUGUGGGGCGACCACGACCGCUAUGAGCAGGUCUACUUUUCCAAGUUCCCCGGCUAUUACUGCACUGGCGAUGGUGCUCGGCGUGACGAGGACGGCUUCCUGUGGGUGACAGGGCGCAUCGAUGACAUGCUCAACGUGUCGGGCCACCUGAUGUCUACGUCGGAGGUGGAGGGCGUACUCACGGAGCACCCGCACGUGGCCGAGGCGGCCGUCGUGUCCAAGCCGCACCCCAUCAAGGGUGAGGCGCUAUACUGCUUCGUGGUGCUUGUGGACGGCGUGGAGCUGGACGCGGCGUUGCUGGACGCGCUGCGCAAACUGGUGCGCGCGCGUAUCGGCGCGUUCGGCGUGCCCGACACCGUGCAGUAUGCGCCCGGCCUGCCCAAGACGCGCUCCGGCAAGAUCAUGCGCCGCGUGCUGCGGAAGGUGGCCGUCGGCGACCGCGAUGUCGGCGACGUCUCCACGCUCGCCGAGCCAGCCGUCGUCGAACAACUCUUUAACAACAGGCCUUAGACACUUCCGAUACAGGUUAUGUAAUAACGCUUUGUUUCCAAUUUGAAUCGAUAAGAAUCUAUUUGAAGAUUUUCCCUUACUCCACAUGCUAAUACGGUUGCUAUCCGUCCGCUUCCAUCCUUAUUUAGGUAUAAUGGUAGAUCGGGCACAGCUGGGUUUGACUGCAGAGAAUGCAGAGUUGUUAGCGACUAUUUUUUGACAUAAUCAUGUAAAUUUACAGCAAUAUACUAACGGAACCAACUUUAGAUUAGGCUAGAUCGUGUUAUCGUUAACAAACUGUGCUGUGCCUGACAAUAUGGUUUAUUAUUUGUAUUGUAUACUUACCUAACAGAAAUAUGAUACUACCGAAUUACUGACUCAUUGAAACCAUAAUAUUACAACUAUAAGUGAGCUCUGUUAAUUGUAUAAAUGUUUAUUAUAUUAUAAAAAUGUUAUUAUCGAAUAUCUAAAUGUGAUUAUUCCAACAUCUUCUGUAAGAUAAGAUGUGCUUAGAGUGUUAAUAGAAAUUCUAUAAGAGUGGUAUGAGUAAAGCGGGCAAGUUAUUAACGAAAAUAUAAUAACCUUGCGUCCCUCAUAUAGACCAAUGCAGUCGCUCCUAUACCGAUAGGCGGCAGUCGCGUCUAGGUACAAACCGUACAAAGUCGUUCCUUAUAUUAUGUAGUUUCCUCUAUUGUUUUAAAAUGUAAACAAAAAUAUAAAGCCUAUAAUAUUACAUCUAUCAGCCAUAAGGCAAUUGUUCAUACCUUCACAGUUAGGCACUGAGUAGAGUCAGACCAAGCUAAGUUGGCAUUUUGCGUCACUGUCGAUUUUGAUAGCCCAGAAGAUGCAAGUGUUAUUUUAAAUGUCAUAUUUCUGUGAAUUUAUGACGUUUACUUAACACUUGCAGUUUGCACAGUCUGGUCUGACUAUCAUUUUCAUUUGCUAAUUUUGGAACAAGUAGGUGUUGCCUUUGUGAUUAUUUGAUAUUUUAUGCUAUGUUAUGUAGUCGCCAUUAGAUAUCUCGGAGCGACCAAGGCGCUCUGAACAUGACUCCAUUGUCAAGGUUUUAGAGUGCGUGUUCAGAUAUUUUUGAGCACCUCGGCCGCCCUGUCGGCGACUGUAACAAGGUGAAAUGUGUGUAUUUGUGGAGAAGUGACUGGGUGUAAUAUAAUAUUGAGCCUUAUACUUCAUGUAAUUUGUAAACGCGGACCGUUUUAUUUGAAAAGUAAGAAUUUGUUGGGAUGAUAUAAUGUUACGGGAAAAUAUAAGUUGCCAUUUGUUUUUUUAUGAACAGUAAAACUGAUAGGUAAUGAUAAAUCAUUCCACGAUCUUGAUGUACCUAAUAUUUAUAAUUUAAGAAGAAAAUGUUUAGUAAACGUAUUAUAUUAGUUUCUAUAAUCUUUUGUCUGGUCAUACCUAUACAUUGUACAAGCCUAAUUAUGUUAAGUAGCUCUAUCCGUUUCCCCAUCAGCUAAAUACAAGUGUAGAAUACUGCAGUGCAUUGUGUAUGCAAAUAUAUGUAACGUUAGACGACAGCCACGCCGACAAUGAAAUGCUUACCUCCUGACAUGUCAAGAAAUAAUAAUAAUAGGAAAUAUAGCUGUAAUCUUUAUUGUACAUUUAUAUUUUAAGUAGUCUUACUUUAAUUUAAAAAUAGUUAAGUAGAUACUUAUGUUUUGAUAAACAUACACAUUUGAUUUACAUUUUUUUUUUUCAUUAUGUUUUUUGUUAUAGUUUUUAUUCGUUUAAUAAUUUAGAUAUUAUAAUUUAUAGGUUGUGAUAUUGUUACUUUGUCAUUGAUACAUGUUGUUUCCUGUAUUGUGCACAAAAUAAAUGAUUCAGGGUCACACUGCUGAAUGUUAUCGUUGAA